AUAGCUACGUAACUACAGGUGGCAUUCGGUGUUUCGGGUCUGGCGGCUACGAGUUUCUUCCGACGGAAGCUUUUUCGUAACUGGAGUGCGACAAAUUAGCCAGCAAAGUCUUGCAAUCGAAUUAUCGGAGAAGCCGCGGUGUGGCGCGCCGGACGGGUGCUUGUCGAGAGCAACCAAGGUGCGCGCGGAUCGGUGACACUCCGAUAAGCCACAGAGGAGCGUCUCGAUCUAAGUUGACUUGCACGGAAUCCCGAGCGGAAGGAAUCCCCCACCAAAGAUGAAGAUGGAGUUGUGCUUACGUGUCGCCAUCGGAGCUGUCCUAGUAUCGAUCUGUACAUUGGACGCCGCUUUCGCUCAGGCGGACUUCACGGACGAAGAUAUGGACAUGAUGGAGGCUAAAUGCGAACUGUGUAAAUCUGCCGUCAAGAUUCUGCACAGGGAAAUUGAGCAGACAGAUCCUAGCAAGAAAAUUACCGUGGGUUCCUUCCGCAUGAAAGCGGAUGGAUCUUCUUCUCAGAGACAGGUUCCCUACAAAGGCUCGGAGCUCCACCUGCAAGAUCUCCUAGAUGACAACUUGGUCUGUGGGAAAAUGAGAGACAUCGUUCCGGUGACUGACAAGGAAACGGGAUCCCUAUCGAUGCUGAACAUGGUAGAGGACAUGGACAAAAUGAGCGGAGUCAAGUUUUUCCCAAAUCCUGAUAUGAACUCUAGGAUGAACAAUCUCUGUCAGGAAAUGUUCGGCGACCACGAGGAGGAUCUUUUGGAGAUUUUCAAGAAAAGCUCGGAGAGGACGAGAACUGCGUACAGACUAGGUCAGGCCUUCUGCCACGAGACCAUAAAUUACUGUCCGAUGGCUGAGAAGCUGGAAAGUUUGAAAACUCCCGAGGACGACGAGGAUUUGCCACAGGAAGAGGAAGAAGAAUACGAAUCUCCCUCGCUCAACGCAUUUGAUCCACGCGACGAGCUUUGAAUCUCUAGAUUAUCAACUGCCGGAUUGUUUCGCAGAUCAGUGCAAUUUUAAAUUGAGGGUUUCCUGUGUAGCGAAACCUCAAUGCCGUGUGUUCUAUAAACUCUGUAUGU